AUGCCACCAAAACCAGGCACACAACCAGAUACGCAAACACAAACUAAAUCACAUAAAAAAAUAGGGAGUCUUACAUGCAGUUUUAGAAAAUGUUAUAUUUCAGGUCCGGGUCCAAAAUAUCCACUAAAAACUCUCGUGGGUUAUCAAGAGCAUUGCCUUUCGAGGUACCGAAAUCCAGCAUAUACAUUUGGCAACAAAUAUCCUAGUUUACGAAUAUGUGAGGGACCAGGACCGAAAUAUUUAUUAGACAAGCCCAUACGCGGUGGUUUUUCAUUUGGAUUAGUUGGAAAGACUUUCGAUACUUCUUGUACGCCUGGUCCAAAAUAUCUAUUGCCAUCUCCAAAAGGUCCAUCUUUUACACUAAAAUCCAGAACUAAACAGAGAAAAUGUUCCUUUUCACCAGGUCCUUAUAAUGUAAAAUUUCCUAUACCAGGUCCAGCUUUUUUUAUAGGAGAACGUUUACCUGCUUUAAGACGUGAUCCUACACCAGGUCCCAAACUUUACAAUGAUGCAUUGGUUGCCCAAAGAUCUCCAAUGUAUAGCGUAACUUUCAGAAGAGACGAAAAAAUAAUUUGCCGUUCUCCGGGUCCGAAAUACAAUCUGAAACCUCCUAAACCACAGCCCAUGUUUUCUUUUGGAAUCAAACACAGCGAGUGUUCUCCUCCUUAUAUCGUUGAAUGCGAUGAUCAAUGUUAAAAUUUUGGCAACUAUAAAUAAAAAGUGUAAACAUUUACGUAUAAAAUAUAAAAACAGAAUCUAUGAAUUUCUUAUUUCAAAUCGGCAAAAAGCAAUAAUAAAAUAUUUAUAACAUAAUAUAUAUUUCAUACAUAUUAAAUUCAAAUGUGUAGAGAUAAGACGUUAAUUAGCGAACGACACAGACGUAAUGUAUUGCUUGAUUGAGCAAAAGUAGACUCUGGAAGAAGUUAGCAUAAAAAGAACAUGAGAGACUGAGAGAUUUAGAAGAUAUCUUUAACUAUAGAUCAAUUGGAAGGUAAGAUUUUCUAUCGUCUCAGUCAGUCAGGUUAUGAGAAAAAGUAAAGAAAAACAACAUAGCUAAAAAUUUCACUAUGUAGAACCAUAUGUAGAAAGAUUAGAGCAUCGGAGUACUCCUUUAUUAUAGUUAUAUAAUAGUACUACCUAUCUAAGUACUUUAUUAUUCAUUUUUACUCAACCAAACAUUAGGUGCUUGAAUUAGUUAACGAAUCUUUCUUUUUGUCAUAUUCAUUAUAAAGUAAAAAGUUAUAUAAUUAGAGGUCCACAAAUGAAAAAGAUUAGUAGUUGGGAUUCAAUACUUACACUUUGAGUAUAGUGAAUGUUAAUGGAUAAAAGCAACAUCUAAGAAAAUCAGAUAUUAAACUCAAGUAAUUUUCAAAUAAAUACAUUUUUAUUAACAUUUUUUAUUUUACAUUCAAACAAUGGAUACCAUGAAUUAACACGAAUUAUCCAAUAAGAAGGAACUCGAAAAAAUGACAUUUCUGUUCUCUUCUAUUAACGUUAUGUACUACUAAAAUUCAAAAGCUUAAUGCUAUAAAUUUCUUUGUUGUUUAUUCUCUGUGCGCUUGUUUCAUCAACUCCUUCGACAAAUUAAAUUUAUCGUUAAAAGUAACAAACCGGAUGGACAAAUGUAGGAUGUGAUAGCUGCGAAUGGGUUUUGAUAUGACCUGUGGGUGUAGAGAGAAUGAUGAAUGAUUGUGGACAGAAUGGAAGAUGUCGAAUAUUCAAUUUAGAAUAUCGAUUGCGAGUGAAGAUUCCUAGAAUGCACGUGACUACGUAAGUAGAGAUUUGGCUGGCAUGGUAAGAAUGUGUAAU